AUGCCGCAGUACGACGAGUCGCUCCUUUACUCGCCGGUCUUUUGGCGACGGGCGCGCAGUUACUGCCUACAAAAGCGGUCGAUGCGCAAGUCCAGGUCGUCCUUUCAACUGACAGCCUCGCCGAUCCUUCUGUCGGUUAGCAGUCCGACUUGCCGGCUCAAGGCUUCCGCGUCCAUUUGCAACCUCCAAGAGGCCGAGGAGCGACCGGCAGGGAAGGCGCGCGGCGGCAAGUUAGCGCGUCGCGCGCGCUCCUUCAAGGAGGACUUCCUGGAGAAGCUGUCGCAGAUGCGCUCGCCGGGGGGUGGAAGCGCGGCCGGUGGGGGCAGCGGGGCAGGUACCAGAGCUGCCUCGCCCUCGUCGCCCCGCGUACCCCAACAGCAACAUCGCGACCACAGCAACAACAACAACAACAACAGCUGUGGCGUCAUUGGCACUGACAGGGUUGCCCUCGACCAGCAGCAGGUGGACCGGAAAAAUCCUCUUCGCGAUCUGCACGUCCACGUGAGGCAGGUUAAUCUGGCUCUGCUGCACUUUCGGGACGUCGUGUCCAAGAACAAACUCGAGAUGUUGCCCGGAAACGGCACCGUCGUCCUCGACACUGUCACGACGAUACACACGCUGCUCAAGUCGUACCUGCUCGACGAAAACAGCUCGACCCUGGGCUCGGCGACAAAUCAGGUGUACCAAGCCCUGGCCCAACUGCUGAAGCUGUGCGACGACGUGCUGCUCCAGGGCGACCAGUCCUCGGCCCUCGACACGGCCAACGUCACCCACGUGAUCGGCCUCGUUGAGGACGCGGUGAGGAACCUCGUCGAGCUCGCCCAGGAAAAAAUCUCCAACAAGCAAAAACCCGGGCUGCAGAGCUCCAGCAACAGAACGUCGGGCUACGGCUCGGAACUGACGCCGCAGCGCAAUUCCCUGCCCGACAUACCGCUGACGCCGCGCGAGCGCCAGAUACUCGAGCAGAGCGCCGCGUCGAGCGCACUGGUGCGCAGCUCACACAGCUCCGAGUCGAUACUCAGGGAUUCGAGUCCGCCACCCAAGCCUCCGCUACCUGACAGGACUCUCUGCCAAUCGGAGGACAACAACAACGACUCUCCAGGUGGCACACCGCCACCCCUGCCCCCGAAACGACGGGCCCGGAACCACCACCAGCCGCAGCACCACCACCACUUGGACGAGCGCGACCUCGUCGAGCCAAACGUCCUUGCCUCGAGCCUCGACAGGAUGUCCCUGCGCAGCAGGUCGCCCGAGGACUCGUCAUCGCUGCUGAGCGCGUCGGCCGGCAGCUUGGACUCGGCUCUCAACCACUCGAGGGACGAGGACGAGAUACGCGCCAUCAUGGGACCGAACGACGAGUCCUUCAACGACAGCAUGGACCUCAGUCUCAUGGCUACCAUACAGGGCAUGCAAGUAAACGGGAGCUCACAUUGCGGCUGCUGGGACGGCUCCGAGACAAGCCUGCCCAGCACGAUGUUGCUGGGUCAGCAGAGUUCCCAAGAAAUGCUCGGUCACUUCACCGGCAUCGAAGCAAAAAUGGAGCGGCUGUCGACGCAGACCCAAGAGUCGGGCUUCGUGUCUAUGCACUCGCAGCGCUCGUCGUCCCAGAGCUACGGCACCGCCUCGUCCUCCGGCCUCGUCUCGUCCACGAAACGCUCGUCCCAGCACCAGAGCAGCACCCUCAGCUACAACUCGCAGAGCUUGCAGUCCUUCAGCCAACACCAAAGGCUCUCGGCCGGCGAGACGGUCAACGGAUCGGUACACAAGAGCUUGACCACCAAAAUGACCAGCUCGAGGAGCGUGCACAGCACCACCAACAUCGCCGGUGAUCCGUCCUUCAUGGAGAAACUGGUAAACGAAAUCGAAGCGCUGGCGGCUAACUCGGAGUCAAACGGCGUGCCUCCAGCAUUGCCGGAAAAACGCUCGAAACGUCGAAAGGAGCGGAUGCCGUCGCAGUACGACAACGUGCCCGAAAGCGAGCAACAGCACCACCACCUGUCGACGUGUAGUUUGCACGCGAGCAACGGUAGCAGUCCCGUGGACAGCAACAGGCCACCACCUCUGCCGAUCAAGAAGCGACACAGUAAGUCUCGAGAGCUUUUUUCCCUCCUCCUCCCCAUUUUCCGAAAGCUUUCACCCUCCCCGUGACUUUUCCGUACAUCGGGUGUACACAUAUUACAAUAUUAUACAUGCUACAUGUAUAAGCGUUUUUAUAUAUAUAUAUAAUAUAUAGUGACUGUUGCUUCUGUUAAAUGUACUCACGCGUUCACGAUGGGGCCGUCGAUGCGGGAUUUCAACAGCGAUUCUAGUCAGCCACCAGCGCUACCGCCAAAGCGCUCCCGAUCAGUGAAGUUGAGCGCGGCAACGCCACCACCACCGAUAUCCCCGAGACCAACGACGACAACGACGAUGACCGCAGCAAUUCAAGAGUCCCCGGUGCUGAUAGUCGCCACCUCGACGCCAGUCAAGCACGACGAGUCGAACAUGGUGUCCAGCUUGAACGACAAGAAAGACGCGCUUUCCGUCAAUAGCGUUGCGAUAGUACGUGUGCUAAUCUCGCCGCGGCCGUCGAGCAAAACGCCGUCGAGCAUAUCGAUGGACGACAACUCGUUGGAGCUGCGGGAUGUCGACCAGGACGAAAGCAUACUGGACGAGCUCGAGAUCAAUAAGUACUUGGUGCUCAAGAAGCCGGAGGAGGAUGGCCCGGAUAUUCGGGGCGGACACCCGGACGCGCUUUUGAUUCACGCGACCAAGGCGAACAAGCACGACGAGAAAGAAUCAGAUUUCCUCUAUCAGGAAGCUUUCUUGACGACCUACAGAACGUUCAUGUCGCCUCUGGAGUUGAUAAAAAAGCUGCACAGACGGCAUCAGCGCUUCUCGUGUUCUCCCGACGUCGUUAAACAACGCGCAGCAAGGGAAGCGUUUUCUCUGCUAGUCAGAGUCGUCAGCGAUUUAACAACAUCCGAUCUGGACGAGGCGUUGCUGCAAACGCUCAUGGAAUUCGUACAGCAGCUGGUCUGCAGCGGCGACCUGACGAUGGCCAAGGCACUUCGGGUGAAGAUACUGGAGAAGCACGCGGCCAAGCAGAUGCAGGCGGCCCAACCGAUUCUCUCGUCGCUCAGCGUUUCCACGAAGCAAGCCUCGUUGCUCGACUUCAAGAGCGAACAGAUCGCCGAGCAGAUGACGCUGCUGGACGCCGAGUUGUUCAUGAAGAUCGAGAUACCGGAGGUGCUGGUUUGGGCUCAGGAGCAGAACGAGGAGCGAAGCCCGAACCUCACGCGCUUUACGGAACACUUCAACAAAAUGUCGUACUGGGCGCGGUCGAGGAUACUGGAGCACAGGAUGGAGAACGAGGCGAAGGACCGGGAAAAGCUCGUCGUCAAGUUCAUCAAGAUAAUGAAGCACCUGCGCAAGAUCAACAACUUCAACAGCUACUUGGCGCUACUGUCGGCGUUGGACAGUGCGCCGAUUCGUCGACUCGAGUGGCAGAAGCACAUCACCGAGGGUCUCAAGGAGUACUGUGCGCUGAUCGACAGCUCCAGUAGCUUUCGAGCCUAUCGGCAAGCGCUCGCCGAGACCCAGCCGCCGUGCAUUCCUUACAUCGGUCUCGUUUUGCAAGACUUGACUUUCGUGCACAUAGGCAACAGCGAUUUACUGCCGGACGGUAGCAUAAACUUCUCGAAACGGUGGCAGCAAUUCAACAUAGUGGAGAACAUGAAGAGGUUCAAAAAAGGAACUUACAGUUUCAAGAAAAAUGAGCGUAUAAUCACGUUCUUCAACAACUUUAGCGACUUUCUGUGCGAGGAGGCCAUGUGGCAGAUCUCCGAGAGUAUAAAACCACGGGGCGGCAAGAAGCCGCAAACCCAAAACUAAAAAUAAGCCCAAGCGUUGAAUUGUAAGAUUUGCACACAUUUUUAUUGUUUCCUUCCUCUCGUAGAGAUGAUCUUUGUUUACCUCUCUGAAACACGCUUUAGUCGUUUGAUUCGCGAAAAAUUACCUGCAAAUGCGUUGUACAAAAUUUUUAGCACGUAAAAGGCAUAGAAAAAAAAAAAGAAAAAAAAGAAAAUAAAAUAAAUAAAUAAAACCAGUGAGAUUAAUGAGGCACCUCCGUGAGGGGCUGAGCGAUUGUUCAUAUAUUCUGUGCACUCAAUUGAGUGUGACGAAAAAAUGCAUUUUUUAACAAUAAAAAAAGAGAUCGAACCUCCUGCGUUGUGAUAACUGAUUAGCGUUGAAAAUGAACGUGAUUGAUUGAUUGCUGAUAAAGUUGUAUUGUACUCCACGUAUUUUGUAAAUUGAUAGAAAUUAAAAAAAAAAAAGUAGUACUCUUUGUAAAAUAUAAAGGAACGCAAUCGUACCGUCUUAAAUACCGAAUGAGUGUGUGCGCAAUAAAAAAAAAAAAAAAAAAAAUUUUUUAAGUGACGAGCUAUCCUUGCAAGCUUAAAGCGAUGAUGAAGAGAUUCGAAAAGUUCCAGACGUAUAUUUGGAAUAACCGGUGGCGCUUGUUUGUCAAAAAAUUGUUUCCCUUCCAUCGAUCAUCAUCGCUUUUUUCACUCGCGCGCGUAUUGUAUAGAAAACUUGUAAGAAAAACUAAAGUGAAAAUUUUUAAGUUAGGCCCAUUGGGGGAGCGAGGGAAACGUAAGAAAUAAUCUGUUGUCUCUGUAUAGCUUUUAUGUAGAUAGCUGCGUUCUCGACGGGUCAACGGUGCACCUAGCCGUUGGCUUCUCACACAAGGAUGAACACCAAUUAAGUUGAAUUAAUCAGUAGCAAGUGUACCAUCGUAGUUUCGUGUCUGCGCUUGAUCAAUCGGUAAAAAAAAAAAAAAAAUG